AUGGAUAAAUCAGACGCAGUAUCUUUUGUUUUUAUCCUUCUCUUUCAUUCAUAUCCUUUUUUUUAUAUUUUUCUUUUUGUUUUUACUCUUUUCUUUCUUUCUUUCUUUCUUUCUUUUUUUCUUUCUUUCUUUCUUUCUAUUCAUAUCUCUCUCUUUUUAUCAAUCUUUCUUUCUUUCUUUCUUUCUUUCAGUUGUUACUUACUUUCACUUUCCCUGAAUUUCCUUUUCAUUCCUUUCCACACCAUUUCUUUGUAUUGUUCUUUCUUUCUGUCUUUCUUUCUUUCUUUCUUUCUUUCUUUCUUUCUUUCUUUCAUAUUUUUCUUGCUUUACAUUUCUCUUCCUUCAAUUUUUCUUGCUUUACAUUCUUUUUGCUUUUUUCAUUCUUUCUUUCUUUUAAUUAGUAAUUACGUCUCUUCCACUUGUAUUUAUUUCUUAUUUUCUUUUCCCCUUCUUUCUUUCUUUCUUUCUUUCUUUCUUUCUUUCUUUCUUUCUUUCUUUCUUUUAAUUGUUACUUAA